AUGAUUCAAUUGCACACGCUCCCCUGGUCUACAGCCUUAUGGACCCUACCGUUGUUGUACAUGGUCGCAAAGAUUGUUUACAACAUCUUUUUUCAUCCCUUGUCUAAAUAUCCUGGACCAUUCCUAGCCAAAUUCACAUCCAUAUAUCCAAUGCUGGCAAUGUUCAGAAUGGAUCGAGUUCGAUGGCAGCACCGAAUGCUUCAGAAGUAUGGCAGUCCAGUUCGAGUCGGGACAAAUGAGCUCUACUUCUCGGAUAUGAAAUCAUGGCAGGACAUCUACGGCCAGUCCUCUAAUCCGUGCCCCAAGGAAAAGGUCUUCUACGACAUGUUCAGCGCUACUGGAGCGGUCAGUAUCCUAAAUGAGAGGGACAAGGCGGCGCAUGCUCGUCUGAGGCGCCUGGUAUCUCACGCGUUUUCGUUGAAGGGGCUUCUUCAAGACGAGCCGAUGAUUCAUCAAAAAGUGAAAACGCUCCUGGACAUUGUCUUCGCUCCUGCUGCCUCGAAGAAAGAACCAGUGGAUAUCUUUUCGAAACUAAUGGAUCACUAUCUGGACAUAACGACAUAUUUGAGUUUCGGAAAGUCCUUCGACUGUGUCUCUGGCAAAGGCACCUUGAACCACGAUGACUUGGACUCCUUCAUGGUUGUUGUACCUACGCAAGCUUUCUUUCCUCAACUACGCUAUGUUCCCAUCAAAGCGAUACAGGACGGCUAUAGAGGCUUGGAUCGGCUGAUUAAGUUUGCCGAGGAAUCAGUCACCGACUUCUACGCUAAGAUCGAAAAGAACGGGGACAGCUACGCCCGAGGCACUUUCCUGAGGAAUCUAGUGGAUGCAGUCGACCCUGAGACCGGCAGCAAGCUCACAUUCCCGGAAUUAGUCGAAAAUACCAUCCUAUUCUUAGUUGCAGGAAGUGACACCACGGCAGUGACCACAAUGUACACGGUCUGGGAAAUUGGCAAGAGGCCAGACGUGAGAAAAAAACUCGUGGAUGAGAUUCGUACAAAUUUCCCUGACCCUAAGCACGAACCAACAUAUGAAGAGACAUCUAAACUGGAGUACUUGGACGCAUGCAUUCAGGAGACACUUAGACUCUGGGGCCCCCUCAGCGCUGGCUUUCCACGCGUAUCGCCAGGUAAAGUUAUCGGCGAGCACUACAUUCCCGGGGGCGUUCAAGUCGCAACUCCCGCUUACGCGACCGCCCGCGAUCCUAAUGUCUUCCCCACCCCCAAUGAAUAUAUCCCAGAACGAUGGUUGAAAGCGACGCCCGAGAUGAGGAAUAUGUCGAGGCCGUUUAGCUACGGACCAAGGAACUGUAUCGGGAAACACUUGGCAGAUAUCGGGCUCCAUCUGACGCUGGUUCGGCUAUACCAACUCUACGACAUUGCGAUUGAACCCAGUAUGACUGAUGCCAUGAUGAGACAGAAGGAUCGGGGUGUGUGCGCCCCUUGGGACGGGAAAUUGUUGGUGCGCCCGACUUUUGUUCACCAGGGUAUCGGAUCUUGA